AUGCCGACUCGGCUGAAGAAGACUAGAAAUCUGCGAGGUCAUGUCAGUCAUGGCAAAGGUCGUGUAGGGAAGCACAGAAAGCAUCCUGGUGGCCGUGGUAAUGCUGGUGGCAAGCAUCAUCACCGCAUUAACUUCGACAAGUACCAUCCGGGGUAUUUGGGAAAGGUAGGAAUGCGAACCUUCCAUCUGAAGCAGGACCGUCACUACUGCCCGAUUAUCAACGUCGAAAAGUUGUGGUCAUUGUUUCCGGAGAACACGCGCGAGAGGUUCGCAAACGUCAAAGACAAGGCUCCAAUACUGGACGUUGUAGAAAAAGGCCAGAACGCGUCGCAGCUGGAGAAAGAAAUCAAAAAUGAACAGCUUCCAGCGAACGAACACUUUUUCGGUCUUGUUAACUUUGGCAACACUUGUUAUUGCAACUCGGUAAUUCAAGCUUUGUAUUUCUGUCGACCAUUCCGAGAAAAGAUCCUUAGUUACAAGCAUCAAGUGAAAAAAUCAGGAUGCCAGAAGGAAAAUCUCCUAACUUGUUUGGCCGAUUUGUUUCACAACAUUAAUUCGCAGAAGAAAAGAGUCGGCACGAUUGCCCCCAAGAAGUUUAUCGGACGUUUAAAAAAAGAAAACGAGUUAUUCGACAACUAUAUGCAGCAAGACGCGCACGAAUUUCUGAAUUAUUUGCUCAACACCGUCGCUGACAUCCUCAAGGAGGAGAGUCGCCAAGAGAAACGCGGGUGCAACGCGCCUAUGUUGAAAAAUGUGAAUGCACAUCUCCCUCAGAAUAAACCGAGCCACAGCUGGGUUCAUGAAAUAUUUCAAGGAACGUUGACUAAUGAAACUCGAUGUUUGAACUGCGAGUCUCUUAGCAGCAAAGACGAAGAUUUCUUGGAUUUGAGCGUAGACGUUGAGCACAAUACGUCGAUUACGCAUUGCUUACGCGAGUUCAGUGCAACCGAAACCUUGUGCAAUGAACAUAAGUACUACUGUGAUGUAUGUUGCUCGAAACAAGAAGCCCAGAAGCGAAUGAGAAUCAAGAAACUACCUCUGAUUCUGGCGCUUCACUUGAAAAGGUUCAAAUACAUCGAACAGUACAAUCGGUACAUGAAGCUGUCAUACCGUGUUUUGUUUCCAUUGGAAUUGCGCCUGUUCAAUACGUCCGAUGACGCGGUUAAUCCAGACAGAAUGUACGACCUUGUCGCUGUUGUGGUGCAUUGCGGUAGUACCGUUAACCGAGGUCAUUACAUAACCAUAGUCAAGUCGCAGGGAUUUUGGUUGGUUUUUGAUGACGACAUAGUUGACAAAAUUGACUCCAUGAACAUAGAAGACUUUUUCGGCAUGGCAGGAGACAGUGGAUUUCAGAAAAAUUCAGAAUCCGGUUAUAUACUGUUUUAUCAAGCGAGAGAUUCUUGA